UCCGCAGACACGUUAAACAUUCCUGUCAGCAGAAGGCGAUGUGGAUGGUUCAUUUGAUGCUUCCAAUGUGUGACGUAUAAUCAAGGGGACGCGACGCUUGAAGAAGAACUGCUAGUAUGCAACAUUAUUGCUUGUCAGCCAACAUUACCGAAAGGUAAAGCUUUUAAGAAGCGUUCAUGUAAUUUAGCAACUGUGUUUUGAACGCAUGUCCGUCGUCAAGUUAGUUUUCUUUUCUAAUGACAUAUUUACGAUCUUGUUAUUAGUCAGCUUGCUGACUGGCUGAGUUGGAACUAAUCCAUUUGCUAAUGGUAGCAAACAGGCUAACCUCAACAUGAGCGCAAUGAACUAUUCUGCCCAUGCUGAAGAAGAGGUCAGCUGGACAAAUAAAGAGGGUCUUUGGCUGAAUAUUGUCGUGAAAGAAGAAGAGAAAGAACUUAGAGUGACAGAAGAUGGAGGUAAUGGGGACGCGGGUGAGAAAGAGGAAGUCGAUUAUGAAGUGAAGGAAGGUGAGAUCACUGUUACACUGAAAGAAGAGGACGAGGAAGAUGAUGAGGAGCAUGAUUUGUUAAACGCCAAAGAGAGACAUGACUGUUGUGGAUCAUCUGGGAAACCCCAACAACAUCAUGAUGCUAACAAGCAAGAGACGCUCAAGAAACCCCAGCAGAAACACACAGGAAAGAAACUUCAUCGCUGCUCUGACUGUGGGAAAAGUUUACUAUCUGCAACAGACCUUAAAAUCCACCUGAGAAGCCAUACAGGAGAGAAACCUUAUGGUUGCUCUCAGUGUGGAAUUUGUUUUUCUAGAUCACAAUCAUUGAAAUCACACUUGACAAUUCACACAGGAGAGAAACCAUAUAGCUGCUCUCAGUGUGGAAUGAAAUUCUCUAGAUCGCAAUCAUUGAAAUCUCACUUGAGAAUUCAUACAGGAGAGAAACCAUAUGUUUGUGAUCAAUGUGGGAAAGGUUUUGCUACAUCAGGCCAGCUGAAUUUACACCAGAGAACCCACACAGGAGAAAAACCUUGUAGCUGUGAUGUGUGUGGGAAAAGCUUUACUAGAUCAGAUCAGCUGUUAGUCCACCAGCGAGUACACACUGGAGAGAAGCCUUACAGCUGCAAUCAAUGUGGGAAAAAUUUUACAACACAAAGCAGCCUGAAGUCACACCUGAGAACUCACACAGGAGAGAAGCCUUGUAGCUGUGAUCUUUGUGGAAAGAGAUUCACCCAGUCAAUACACCUGACUAUACACAAGAGAACACACACAGGAGAGAAAGCAUACCAUUGUUCUGACUGUGGCAAACGCUUUGCUACCUCAACUGAACUGAUAAAACACCAGAGAACACACACGGGAGAGAAACCCUACAGCUGUGAUCAGUGUGGAAGGAGAUUCACUCAGCUGGGUCACCUGACAACACACAAGCAAACACACACUGGAGAGAGGCCUUACCACUGUGCCAACUGUGGGAAGAGUUUUGUUAGGUCAGCUCAUUUACGUUUACAUCAGAGAACACACACUGGAGAGAAACCUUAUAGCUGUGAUCAAUGUGGGAAGAGAUACUCUGAUUCAAGGGUUCUCAUGAAACAUCAGAAAAUACACACAGGCAAUCCUGCGAGUCUUGAAUGAUCCCUAACACAUGAACUGAGUAGUAUGAAGCAGUUGUACAAAGAAAGUCAUAAAAGGAAGGUCAUUAAAAAAUAAAUUAAGGUGUAUGGCUGCACUGUUGUAGGUACAUGUAAAAUAGCUUUUCUAUAACAGACUACAAACAUUAUAUUGAAACAAUCAGUAGUAAUUAGCAAUUUAACUACAUUUUGCUGUAGCUUGGUGGUAGUUCAACUGGACUAAAAUCUCUGUAAUGUUUCAGUUGUUACGUUUUGCAAUGCUGUGGUCUAGCCAGGUAGGUAAUAAUAAAGAUGAUAAUUAAGUAGGUUUUUAUUUAUGUGUACAAGGUGACAGAUAAGCAUGUGUCAAAUGGAAGUGUUUUUUUUGCACUUAUUUAAGUCAACUGUAACUAGCUUUAGAGUAGCUUAACUCCUUCCUGUUUGAAGUGUUUGGUAGUUUGGUGAACUAUAUUUUUGUGAAUGGUUUCCCCAACACUGACAAUGAGUGAUAUUUUUUUA